AGUAAACGAAUGAACAGCAAUUUGGAUUCCCCAAAGACCAAGAACAGGAAGGUCAUUUUCAUGGAAGUUGCAUCGAAAAUCUUAGAGAGAGAAAAUCAAUUCCACAACUUGUAUCGGAAAUUCAGUCAACACCAUUUCUUCUCCUUGUUCACACCCCCUUUCCACUGAAUUUAAAGCCACCUUCGAAACAUUCACAAUUCAAACACCAUUAACAAUCACAAUAUCAUUCAGUACUCUGUUCUCAGAGAGAGAGAGAGAGAAAUUCUCUGUCUAAUUGCAAACACAUUUUUAGAGAGAGAAAGGUGAUAUAUUUCGAAUGGCUUCAGCUUCGAUAUUCUCGUCUCUGAGGAUGAGAAGGUCACCUUGUCUGGUAUCCGUGAAACCGCCUGAGGACAUAACCGGCAUCGAGCUCGUCGACACCCUAGUUUUGCUGUCGUCGGAGCUGACCAAGACAUGUUCCGGCAAAACGUUGCCAUUUCAGAAGAAGAAUUCGCGGUCUCUGACACGAAAAUUCGAGGUCUUCGUGGUUCUGUUGGAGUAUAUUCGUGACUCAGGAACGAGUUUGCCUUCAACGGCGAUUCUCUGCUUGAAAGAGCUCUAUCUGAUAUUGCAUCGCUCAAAGAUACUUCUCGAGUACUGUUCUCACUCGAGUAAAUUAUGGCUUUUGCUUCAAAACCAUUCAAUUUCGGGGCAUUUUCAUGAUCUUAAUCAAGAAAUCUCUACGCUUUUAGAUGUUUUUCCCACGAAAGAGCUCAAUUUGAGUGAUGACAUCCGAGAACAAGUUGAAUUGUUGCAGAAGCAAUUGAUACGUGCCAAACUUGUCAUUGACAAACAUGACGAGACAUUGAGACUCGAAUUGUUCUCAAUUCUCAAUGAAUUUGAAAACGGAGAAAUUCCCGAUUCAGUCAAAUUGUGUUUGUUUUUCGAGCAAAGAUUAGGAAUUCAAGAUGCAAAGAGUUGCAGGGGUGAAAUUGAGUUUUUGGAGGAGCAAAUUGUUAAUCAUGAAGGAGAUAUUGAGCUGACCAUUUCGGUGCUUAAUGGAUUUAUGGCGCUUACUCGGUAUUGCAGGUUCUUGUUGUUUGGGUUCGAGGAAGAUGAAGAUGAUAAGAAGCUCAAAAAAGGGUUGAUUACUCAACAAAUUGUAGAUAUAGAUGUAGAUGCUUCUCUUAUGAUUCCGAAGGACUUUUGUUGCCCAAUAUCAUUGGAGUUGAUGCAAGAUCCUGUGAUUGUCUCUACAGGGCAUACAUAUGACCGAGCUUCGAUAUCGAGAUGGAUGGAGGAAGGCAAUUGUACUUGCCCAAAAACAGGGCAGAUGCUCGUUCACAGUCGGCUUGUGUCAAAUCAGGCACUCACGAACUUGAUUAUGCAAUGGUGCACUGCUCAUGGAAUACCAUUUGACCCACCGGAUAGUGAUGAUUUGUGUGCUGAAAGUUUUGCUGCGGAUUCCGCGAGCAAGGCUACCAUUGAAGCUAAUAAAGCUACAGUUGUUCUUCUCAUUCAACAGCUAGCAAAUGGAUCACAGGGCGCGAAAACUAUUGCAGCCCGGGAGAUUCGUUUGCUAGCAAAAACCGGGAAGGAAAACCGGGCUUACAUUGCAGAAGCUGGCGCAAUCCCACAUCUAAAACGGCUGCUUUCAUCUCCCAAUGCUGUUGCACAAGAGAAUUCUGUCACUGCAAUGCUGAAUUUAUCGAUUUAUGGCAGCAACAAGAGGUUAAUUGUGGAUGAAGAAGGGUGUUUAGGGUCAAUUGUUGAAGUUAUGAGAACGGGGCACACGAUUGAGGCAAUGGAAAAUGCUGGAGCAACAUUAUUUAGCCUCUCUGCAGUGCAUGAGUACAAGAAGAGAAUAGCCAAUGAGGAUGGAGCAGUUGAAGCCCUGGCAAGAAUGUUGAGAGAGGGGACACCAAGAGGAAAAACGGAUGCAGUUACAGCUCUAUUCAAUCUAUCCACCCACACAGAUACUUGUGCGAGAAUUAUAGAGUCAGGCGCUGUGACUGCACUGGUGGGGGUUUUGGAAGAUGAGGGUGUUGCAGAGGAUGCAGCAAGCGCAUUGGCCUUGAUUGUUAGGCAGCCACUUGGGGCCGAAGCAGUGGCGAAUGAGGACACAGCAGUGGCGGGAUUGAUAGGAAUGUUACGGUAUGGGACUGCAAGAGGGAAGGAGAAUGCAGUUGCAGCAUUGCUUGAGUUGUGUCAGAGUGGUGGGGCAGCUGCAACUGAGAGGGUAGUGAAGGCACCAGCUUUGGCCAGUUUGCUUCAGACUUUGCUCUUCACGGGGACUAAGCGCGCGAGGAGAAAGGCAGCAUCACUUGCUAAAGUUUUCCAAAGGAGUGAGAAUGCAUACCUGCAUUUUGGUGGAUUAGGUGUAGGAUAUGCCUUUGCAGGGAACUCCGCUGCAAAUAGGGAAUUAAGUUUUGCUCAUGAUGUUUCCGUGCCAAUAUCCAUUUCAGUGCCAGUUUUAUAGUAUAUUUGUCCUUCCCAAUUAAUUUCCGUUUUUUUGGUUUUUGUAACAUUCAAAAAUACUUGUAACAUUCACAGAUUUUUUAGGAAUAGCAAAAUUGAUGUGUCCUGAAAGAAUGAUUCGAGUGUAGCUAUUCUUUAUGUAGUGUCCAAUUAUUUGAAACAUACUUCAAAAUAUGCUGUGGUAAAUUCUUCCUCUUC